AGUACCUAAAUUAUACUAGUUCCUUUCUUUAAAAAAGUUCUGGGCUGUUGGACUCACUGAAAUAUGAGUGGUUAGGCAAACAAACAAAAAAAAAAAGAGCUGGACACCUGUAGAAUGUCAAUGUGAGUUCCGCACUGUAUGCUAAUCUAUAAUUCCAGAUAUACUAAAGCCGAGUAUCUGGUUACACCCCGAUGAAUUUUAAUGUGAUCUGUUGUUAUUAUCAGAUGAUUAUUAUGCUAACGAUGUCCUCAUGCGCCUCCCACGGAUUAUAAUUCUACCCGGAAGCUUGGUAGUGUAGGAAUUUCCGGUGACGUCAGGGCGUCAGGACUCCAUUAGGGCUGCAGCUGUUUAGAAAGAAACAACAACAAAAACGGGCUAACUGACAGCGCUCUCACAGUGACAGUCCGCUCUGAGCCCGACAACGAGGCCUCAAACCUGGAAGCUUCACCUUUAUUUCCCACCCGGAGCUCCGCCGGCUUCUAACCACGGCCGCUCUCGGUGAGGAAACUCUGGCCUCCGCUUCCUCCUCCUCCGACUCGGACACCGGCGGAGCGUCGCCGCCCCCGCGGAAGAAGCACCGAGCCUCGGCGGCGGAGGGAGCAGGAGAGCCCGGGGCUUCAGCAGUUGUAACAGGCCUCUCUGGAGUUGUCUUGGGACUUGCUACACACUCUCCACUCUCUCAAGCCACCUCUGCCAUCCACUUUAACCGAAGUGUAGUCAACAACCUCAGCAGCAGUAUGCAGGCAAACGGAGCCGGACAGGGACAAGAAUCUGCGGAGCUCUCCAGUGUGAACAGCGCUCAAAACGGGGAAUCAUCCUCGGCCGGUGGUACCCACUCCAAUGGGCUCCUCUCCAACACAGACAACGGGAAUAGUGUCGGUACCAGUAACGGGUCUGCAACAGGGCCCGGCUCGGGGACUGCCUCCACAGCUUCGGGCUCGGAGGUCGGCUCGUUGAAAAAGAAGAAACGACUAUCGCAGGCGGAGGAAGAUGUCAUACGAUUAAUAGGGCAACAUCUCCACGGACUAGGGCUGAAUCAGACAGUGGACCUGCUGAUGCAGGAAUCAGGCUGCAGACUAGAACACUCCUCGGCUACCAAGUUCCGCAACCAUGUCAUGGAGGGCGAAUGGGACAAGGCUGAAAAUGAUCUCAAUGAGCUGAGAGCACUGAUGCAUUCUCCCAAUGCUAUUGUGCGUAUGAAGUUCCUGCUGCUGCAGCAGAAGUACCUGGAGUACCUGGAGGACGGCAAAGUCCUGGAGGCUCUGCAGGUGCUGCGAGGAGAGCUGACGCCACUCAAGUACAACACAGACCGCAUCCACGUACUCAGCGGGUACUUAAUGUGUAGCCAUGCUGAGGACCUGAGAGCGAAGGCAGAGUGGGAAGGCAAGGGCACCGCCUCACGCUGCCGACUGCUCGACAAAUUACAGACGUAUCUGCCCCCUUCUGUCAUGCUGCCCCCUCGGCGGAUGCAGACACUACUGCGGCAAGCGGUGGAGCUGCAGAGGGACCGCUGCCUCUAUCACAACACCAAGCUGGACAGUAGCCUGGACUCGGUCUCUCUCCUCCUCGAUCAUGUCUGCAGCAGGAAACAGUUCCCCUGCUACACCCAACAGAUUCUCACAGAGCACUGUAACGAGGUGUGGUUCUGCAAAUUCUCGAACGACGGCACCAAACUAGCCACCGGCUCCAAAGACACUACUGUCAUCAUUUGGCAAGUGGAUCCGGAGAGCCACCAGUUAAAGCUGCUGAGAACCCUGGAGGGUCACGCGUAUGGUGUCUCUUACUUAGCCUGGAGUCCUGAUGACACCUACCUGAUCGCCUGUGGACCUGACGACUGCUCUGAGCUCUGGCUCUGGAAUGUUCAGACGGGGGAGCUGCGGACCAAAAUGUCCCAGUCCCAUGAAGACAGUCUGACCAGUGUGGCCUGGAACCCCGAUGGCAAACGUUUCGUCACCGGAGGACAGAGAGGACAGUUUUAUCAAUGCGACCUGGAUGGUAACUUAUUGGACUCCUGGGAGGGUGUGCGGGUGCAGUGCCUGUGGUGCCUGAGCGACGGCAGAGCAGUGCUGGCCUCUGACACACACCAACGCAUCCGGGGGUACAACUUUGAGGACCUUACGGACAGAAACAUAGUUCAGGAGGAUCACCCUAUCAUGUCUUUUACUGUUUCAAAGAACGGAAGAUUAGCUUUGUUAAAUGUAGCAACUCAGGGAGUGCACCUGUGGGACCUUCAGGACCGGGUGCUGGUUAGGAAGUACCAAGGCGUGACCCAAGGCUUCUACACCAUCCACUCCUGCUUUGGAGGACACAAUGAAGAUUUCAUUGCCAGCGGCAGCGAAGACCACAAAGUGUACAUCUGGCACCGGCGCGGUGAACUUCCUAUUGCUGAGCUAACAGGCCACACACGCACCGUUAACUGUGUGAGCUGGAACCCAACCAUCCCAGGACUCAUGGCUUCCGCCUCAGAUGACGGCACAGUGCGUGUCUGGGGUCCAGCACCCUUCCUCGAGUCACAAGAGGCGGACGGACUCAACGAGAACUGCAGUAACAUGGACAGUUGAUGGUCAGUUAUGGGCCUGAUGACAUCUCUCUUUAACAACAAUUCAAGAAUCCCACAAUAAGACAAAAACCUACACAGGCGAUGAAUCCAACACCAACCUGAAGCAAGUGAAGACAAACAAAAGCCACCACGACAAAAGAGAUAACAAAAGUGAGAAAAGUCGAAGACGGACACUAGGAAAAUUCAGGACCUUGAUGAAAAACCUGAUUCUGACCCAGAGGAAAACCAGUCAAUGCCCAGCGGGAAACCAGUCAAUGCCCAGCGGGAUACGAGCGCCAUUCAAUGGUGAGCUUCAACGGCUGUUCUUCUCCUCCAUCUGACCCAGGAAAACCCACCUCCACCUUGAGCUGGGAGCGUACCCCAUGAUGCCUCCAAGACGGACACGGCGGAGCAGCCGUCUACUCAAUGGACUACAUCUGUCUGCCCGUUUGCCUGUCACAUUACCUGUAUAAUGUCUCCAUGGACAUGGGUGGUGUUGUUUGGGGAGGAUGGUGCAUAGGGCAGAUAUAGCAACUCUUCUUCAUUUAUGUUUUUCCCCUCUUCCCCACUCUCUUGCUAUAGUCUUCACAUUUGAUCUGUUGGACAAAUCCAUCAUGAAAACACUGACCAACCAGCUGACAGAGAACACACACACACAAGAAAAAUGCUAUGCUAAAUGUUGGAGUUUUUUUUAUGAUAGACAUAGCGUAAUUCUCAUUUAAGAGGUGAAUCUUAGCUCGAGUAGUACCCGUGGAAAGCUUUAGCGUGAAGAUUCCACUUUCUGUUUCUCGACAUUAGGAACUUUUUUAUUCCUUAAUUUAACUUCUAACACGGACAGUCGCUGUAAUGUUUCCGACUGACAGCCUCCCCCCCCCAAAAAAAACCCCUCCUAUGUCGAGCUAGCUACCGCACAACUUCAUUACAUCUGCCUAAAAAGGAGACAAACAGACAGAGGGACCCACGGGUCACAUAUCAACAAGUGAGGCAAGCUUUCCUCUGUCAGGACGCAAAUACAAUGACCCUUCUCAAAAAGACGUGAAAAGUGCAACUUGAAUGCACAUCGGCGACUGCUGUCCCUCCUCUGUGUGUGCGCGUGUGUGUGAGAGAGUGAGUGAGAGCGAUUAUGCAUGCACACAUUAGUGUGAGUGUUGACAUUUGUGGGUGCAGGUUUAAUUGCGGCGUGUUUUUUGUACGUGUGCUCUAUUCACACCAGCAGAAGAUCCCCCUCUCCCUCUCCCUCCUCUCUGCUCCUAAUCCCAUAGUAAAAAAUUGUAAAGAGGAUUUUAAACCAGUUCUAAGUUAUCCAAAGCCCCAUAGGGACCUCAAUCUGUGGAACAAAGAAUACUUCAGAGCCAUUUUGUAAAAGAAAGAAGACUUUUUCUUUAAUCUGGGGCUUUAAUUUUUACAUUAGAAUUUAUUUCUCCUUUACCACGUGGCAUUUAAAAACGACACUGAGUUAUUGGCAUUGUUGGAAACGCAAGGAUAUUUAACAAGACAUGUUUAAGAACAAGGCAUGUUUCCAAAAGCUGUUGUGUUAUUAGCAAAGGGUCCUGUCAUCAUAUGAGCAGUUAAUGAUUGUAAAUUAUAGGACGAGUAGUUAAACAGAAGAGGCACCAAUAACCAGAAACCCCUCUCAGCGUCAGGGAGUGUCGUCGCAAAUCUUAACACACACAGACUGCCUUCCUGUUCAUACAGUUGCACACAGACUUUCAGUAUGUAUGACCCCCACCCCCACCCCCUCCUUCCUUCACCCUUUUCCACUGCACUUUUAGUGGUUUCCCUGCUCUCUUUUGCACCAACUGCAUUAAUCCACAAGAUAACCAGAGAUUGCUAAAAAGGAUUUGAGCCCACACUUUGCCUCUAUGCACCCAAAAUCAGUGACUGAUUCUCCUGUUGACAAAAUACAGCCUGAACCUCGCAGCACAUAAGGCACAGCAGCCUCUUAUUAGAGAGAAUUCAGCAUUAACACCCCCUUCCCCUUUGCUCUCCAGCCAAGUUAUUCAGUGGUCAGAGCACCAUUCAAAGCUUUCUUCCUCCCCUUUUUCAGGGUAUGUAAUGACUAUUUGCUACAGACUGAUAUACAGUAAAAACAUGUUUAAAAUCAGUGCUUUUCUGCCUGUUUUUAUUGAACUUUUUUUUUUGUUACUUCAAUUUUUUGUUCACAUUAUAUCAUUUUUGGUUGACCUCUAUCCCUGUACGAUCAUAUUAAAAUAUAACCAGACAUUUGGAGUCCUUAUUUUAUUUUGAGUUAUCUUUAUAACCCUUUUUAUCUUUCUUUUUAUAUAUUUGGUUUCUUUCUAUUCAGUUGCAUUUUAUCCACCAGUACUAUUACAAACGAAUAUGCACAGUAACACCCAUGCCAGUUGGAGUGGGAGUGGAAUUUUUUUUUCUUUUUUUUUUUUUUAGGAAGUGUGUUACCUACGAUCAAAUCAGGUUCAAAGCCUCCACCCCUCGCCUUUAAAGAGUUUCCUUCAUGUGAAAAUCUUCUUUAUCGCAUGUCUGUGUAAUAGACCGGAUCUCUCUCUCUCUCUCUUCGUGUUCUGUUGUUGAUUGGCAGUUGGCACACAGGUGUUUUUUUUCUGUAGGUUAAAUUUGUCAACCCUGGACUGCAGGCUGGACUCCUCUACCACACCCUGCAUCUUUUCAGAAAACUUUACAGGCAGAUCAUUCACAAAGAAGUCAAUAGUAGUUGCAGUAAAACCCAUAAUUCACCUGCUGGUGGCAAAUGCUAUGUCUGUAUACAACCUGGUGUGUACUCUUCUUUUGUCUGAGUUUACCAAGGGAGUUGUUUCUGAUUUAUCUUUGUCUUAUUUCUCUCAGAGGUGAUGGAGGUAGUGUUGAUGGUGGUGGUGUUGGGUAGGGGACUGGGUGGGAGUAAACUAAGGGCUUACUGUAGCAUCUCUAAGCUCCUUGGGCGAGGGCGGGGGGUAAGGGGUGAUGUGUGGCUUUGCGUUCAAUGUGUUAAUUACAAAAGUGAUUGUAAUGUUUUGUAUUGUUGUGUAGGAAAAGUGUUAUGUAUGCAUAUUUUCAAUAAAGCAUUCAGGGUUUUGAAAAAAAAAAAAAAAGGCCAAUGGAAGUUUGAUGGGGCAAGAGAUUGUGAAGGCCCCUAAAACUCAUCCCUCCACUUAAACACAGCAACGGAGCCCAGUGUGGCCCUGAAACACUGCUUUUGGCAAAGCAUGUGUCAAGGGCUCUGUGGUGAGAAACACUGGGUUGAACUGUCAGAAUUCUACUUUGUAUUCAGUCAUUUGUUUUCUUGAAAGCAAUGUCUGGAGCCAGACGGCUGGUAAAAGGCUACUUAGAAUGCCAUUAGGAAUAAUAUGAACAAUUGCCAAUAAAGUGACGUUAUUUUGAGUAA